AUGGCGUGCCUCAAGUGGCAACGGGGACGAAACUCGCCGGGUUUUGCUUGCCCGUCCCCGUCCCCGCAAGAGAUACCCAAGCCCGUCCCUUUCCCCGAAACCGUGCGCGGGGAUAGGUUUUCCCCAUCCCCGUCCCUGUCAGCGCAGUGGGACACGGCCAGGGCAUCGCCGGUGGGCAUGACGAAGAAGAACGGCCUGCACCUUCGAGAGGUGGAGAGCAGCGACACCAUCGACAACGUCAAGUCCAAGAUCCAGGACAAGGAAGGCAUCCCUCUGGACCAGCAGCGCCUCAUCUUCGCUGGGAAGCAGCUGGAUGAUGGCCGCACCCUGGCCGACUACAACAUCCAGAAGGAGUCCACGCUGCACCUUGUGCUUCGCCUCCGCGGGGGCACCUGGAUCGAGCCCAGCCUCAAGGAACUCGCUCAGAAGUACAACCAGAAGAAACUGAUCUGCCGCAAGUGCUAUUCCGCUCAGGGCUACGAAUUGCCGCAAGAAGAAAUGUGGCCACAGCAACCAGCUACGGCUGAAGUCGAAAAGGCGUUGGUUCUGUUGAAGAGCCACACAUCAGUUGAAUCAGCUAUCUACUUGUCUCAGCUUAUCAAGACUGGCAGAACUUUUAAAUGUCUUGGUGUAAUGUUCAUGCUGGAUGUGGAGCAUUGUCUCUUUUGAACAGUUGGUUAUGUUUCGCUGCAUGCUUAGGACAUGUGAUGAUUGUAAUAUGGCAGCUUAACUCUUUUUGGCCGGAUUGAGCACUUACCUAA